AUGAGUUCAAAAUAUUCUAAAUGGGUAGAAGAAGCUUUGAAAGAUGGCAUUAUAGCUUUUUUUGAUUAUUCUGUAUUUAAAGACAUUCAACAAAUUGGAAAAGGUGGAUUUGGUGUUAUUUAUUCAGCUGAUUACUAUAAUAAAAAGGUAGCAUUAAAGUGCCUUGGUACUAAUGAACCAACUAAAGAAUUUGUUAACGAGCUUAAACAUCUACGUACUGUUAGUUUUCAUCCUAAUACAAAUCAAUUCCAUGGCAUUACAAUUGCAACCCUUGAUAAAAUAUCAGAAACGGAAGUUGAGUUUAUUAUAAAUCAUAAUCGACUACCUCUGCCUGUUUUAACCAGGAAUGGUGCACCUACAUUGUUAUCCGUUGAACCAUCGGCACAGAUAUUUAAAAAACCUAGCUUGAACAAAAUAAAUCGAUCACGUUUUUCUAAACGUUCACUUGAUGCAACGGAAUUAAAAUCUCAAGGACUA